AUGAAUCUUCUACGAGGUCCUCCGAGAAGAGAGAAGGGAAAUCGAUAUAUUUUCUUCCAGACGGGCAAAGUCCAAAGAACCAAAACCAUCGUCCUCUUGCGUCUUCCAGGAAUUGGGACCUUGAAUUCCAAAGCAGGAGGAAGGAGAAGACGAUACUUCAGGCCUGGCGCUCCUCCGGUUAUUAACCCGUUAAACGCCCACUUCCCCCGAGACACCGCGGUGCCGGGCUCAUUCACCCUCACCCUCACCUGGACCCUUCCAAACAGAACCACCGGAGUGUUUAAUGUCACAAGUCCUCUUCCGGGAGACUGGUUCCUGGCCGCCCACCUACCCAAAGAUGGCGGCAAGAUCACAAUCAAGGGUUUACACGAUGAAUGCCAGUACCUCUUCCAGCCGCAGCUCAUCGUGCAGAGGGCAGUUGGCGUGCCAGUCCUGUAUCCCGGGUACAUCACGGAGCAGAUGCUUCCUCCACACAAUCGCUCUGCACUCUACAAGGUCUUCAUUCCUCAGUUCACCUCGGGAUUGCGGGUCAGUCUCCUGGGUUGCCGUACCGGCGUGCGCACCGCCGACAGUUGCCCCCUCCUGCUGAGACUGCGUGCCAAAGGCCCUCCUCUGCACAAUUCUUCUAGCCAAGACUGCACCUCCUCCUCCUCGUCUGUCUGCCAGCUCCUCCUGGCACUGCCGCUCUGGCAGCACUGGUAUUACGUGUUGGUGGAGAGGACAGGAAUGGCGGGCACCGCUGUCUAUUUCCAGCUGACUACACAACUGCAAGACUGUUCUCGGCCCGGCCUCUCCCGUGGGCCCAGCGCUCCCAGUUCCUCCUUGAACAUGCCUCAGUCUUUUGGAGCAGCCGGUGGAUUGGCUUCCUUGGAAGGCCUCCCGUCCCCCGGAGUCUCUCUGUCAGCUGGGAACAUGUCUUGGGGUAAUGCCACCAUCCUCCAGCCGUCUUGUUGGCCCAUACGACCCACCCUGAGGAACGAGCUGGACACGUUCUCAGUCCAUUUCUACAUAUUCUUCGGUCCCAACGUGUCCGUCCCACCAGACCGGCCUGCCGUGUUCAGCGUUAAUCUUCUACCUGUACUGGACAGUGGAGGGGUCUUCAACCUGGAAGUCCGUCUCAAUGUGUCAUCUGUCCAAGGAGAGAACGUGACCGUCUUCGGGUGUCUGAAUCAUGGCGUCCCACUGAUCCUCGGUGACAACUCCUCCAUCACCUGCCAGACAGACUCUCUCUCCGGAUUCUCUCUGUCAGUAAACAGCAGCAACUCGCUCAGCCGCCUGCGGAUCCCGUACCCCCAGACUGGCACCUGGUACCUAAGUCUACGCUCCAUGUGUGCCUCUCAGCACGGGUGGCGGCCAUGUCACAAUGUCAGCGCCGAGCUGAAUCUGCGCACCUUCCUCUCGCCAUGCAUUAAUGAAUGCGGAACGUAUGGACAGUGCAAACUGCUGAGGACCAACAACUACCUUUAUGCUGCCUGCGAGUGCCGAGCAGGGUGGAGUGGAUGGGGAUGUACGGAUAACAAUCAGGCCUUCACAUACGGCUUCCAGCUCCUGUCCACCCUCCUCCUGUGUCUCAGCAACCUGAUGUUCCUUCCGCCUGUCCUCAUCGCCCUCCGGGGUCACUACCUCCUGGAAGCCUCCGUCUACAUCUUCACCAUGUUCUUCUCCACGUUCUAUCACGCCUGUGACCAGCCUGGGAUCGUGGUCUUCUGUAUCAUGGAGUACGACGUGCUGCAGUUCUGCGAUUUCCUCGGCUCUCUCAUGUCUGUGUGGGUGACAGUAAUCAGCAUGGCCAGACUGCAACCAAUCAUCAAACAGGUGUUGUACCUGCUGGGGGCGAUGUUGCUUUCCAUGGCUCUUCAGCUGGAUCGUCACGGCUUGUGGAACCUGUUGGGGCCCAGUCUGUUCGCUGUGGGGAUCAUGGCCAUCGCCUGGACAUUCAGAACGAUCCGGAGGCGCCACUGUUACCCCCCAACAUGGAAGCGAUGGCUCUUCUACCUCUGCCCAGGAACCCUCAUCGCCAGCUCUGCCGUGGCCCUCUACGCCUUUGUUGAGACGGAGGAAAACUACUUUUACAUCCACAGCAUCUGGCACAUGCUGAUUGCCGGCAGCGUUGGCUUCCUCCUUCCACCACGUGCCAAACCAAACGGGAGAGUGGCGCCCCUGGCGCGGAGAAAGGGCUGCGGGUACCAGCUGUGCGUUAACGAGCAGGAGGAACUGGGUCUGGUAGACCCCGGAUCCGUGUCUAUAAACAGCAUCUGCACCAGUUGACACGGGAGACCGGAGGUUGGGCAAGUACCAAUCUGUGGGACGGCCGUGACCGGAGACAGACGGUUCGUGUCACAAACCUGCCUUCACUCUGGCCGGGGACACCGGCUGGAAGAUCAGUAUUACCUCAUUAUGGACCAAGAACUAUUGUGUGCAUUAUAUUCUGCUCUUCAUGGGCUCCGCAUUGGCGUCUGAUGGGCCACGUGCAGACGAGGAAGUUUUCAUAGGUCACAUCGAUGAAUCGUAGGUCAGACACGCCCACCAGAGUUGUGACAUUCAAGGUCAACGUUGCCAGACCUGAGAAGCCAAGUAAAUAGUUUGGUUGUGGAAUCAAUGAUGGCGGCUAGGGAUGAGCUUCGAGUUCGACUCGAACAUUGCCUGUUCGGCAAACAACGAACAAUUUGGGGUGUU